UUUGGACAACGCAAACAAUGCAACUGGUGUGAACAAAAUACCGUUCCAGACGUCGAUCCGAUUCCUACAACCACACAGAAACCCGAUUGCACCGGUUUAAAUGAGGUACCGGAAACUUGUAUUCCUUUCAACCCACCGAAACCUGAUUUCAACGUUCCCGGACAACGAAUUAGUGCCACUAAAUGUAAGGAAUACAUUUGGGAUUCUGAAGUCAGAUCUAAAAGAACGGAGCGGCAAAGAGAAUGCAAAAAUAUUUUAACCAAAAUGGAGCAAUAUAUGGGUUUUGGAAGACCUAUGAUAAUUGGAGGACGGGAGGCAUCAAUCGAAGAAUUUCCUCAUAUGGGAGCAAUUGGAUGGAAAGGCGUUGAAGAUGAAUUUCAAUUUGUUUGUGGAAGUUCUCUUAUUAGUCCGAGAUUUGUUCUAACAGCUGCGCAUUGUACUUAUUACUCGUCCCGAAUGGUUGCUCACCCUGAACCUAAAUUGGUUAGAUUUGGUACUGAAUACCCAUCGCAAGCAGGUUUAUUUUCAAUUCACGACUACCACAUAUCGAAGAUUAUACGUCAUCCUCGAUAUAAGUCCCCGCAGAAAUAUUUUGACAUAGCCUUACUGGAACUUGCGGAGGAAGUUUUUUUUUCGGCACAGGUCCAGCCAGCUUGUCUUUGGACUGAUGAUAUCACGUUUAACAAGGGAUCUAUCUGUGGAUGGGGAGUGACAGCUGAAAGGCAAGACAAUCAGAAACCGCGUGGCCUUAUGAAGGCAGCCGUGAACGUCAUAAAUUCACAAACCUGCGACACUCUGCUAAAGCCUUCAUGCAACAGGAAUUGGUGUGGUUUACAGGACCAUCAAUUUUGCGCUGGCAAGUUGGAAGGCGGAGUCGAUACUUGUCAGGGCGACUCUGGAGGUCCACUUCAAGUCAGCAUACCGCUACGUAACCCAUCGCAGGGUUACAUGUACCAUAUAGCCGGUAUUGUAUCGUUUGGCGUUGGAUGUGGCCGAGAGAAAAGUCCAGGUGUCUACGUUAAAGUCUCCAGCUUUCUAGAUUGGAUUGAGCCAAUAGUUUGGGGCAAUAGUACGAAUACACUUUCCAUUCCUGCGAAAAUUUAA